AUGAAAAAUAAGAACAGCCAAGGAGCACAGGAGCAUCCCUCCAGAUGUCCAGAUAACAGCGCAUUUAAACAACAGAAACUGCCAGCCUGGAAGCCCGAGCUCACAGCUCCGACUGUCCUCUCCAGCUUCUUUAUCAUUGGAUUCUUCUGCCUUCUCAUGGGAAUCUGCCUAAUAUUAUCUGCAAGACGUGUCAAAGAAAUCCAGAUUAACUAUUCGGACAUAUGUUUGAAUUGUUCAAAACUGCGUGAAAACUCCUCUAAUUGGGAUAAAGAAUGCAACUGUUCUGUGCAUGUCACACUGCAGGAAAAUAUGCUGGGUGAUGUUUUUAUGUACUAUCGUCUACAAAACUUUUAUCAGAACCACCGUCGGUAUGUCCUCUCCAGAAGCGAUGCACAAUUGCUGGGUCAAGAUGUAAACAUUCAGAACAGCAAUUGUGCGCCUUUCACAACCUAUCCAAACGGAACUCCAAUGGCUCCAUGCGGCGCCAUCGCCAACAGUAUGUUCAAUGAUUCUAUUCAACUUUCUUACUAUCUUAACUCAUACACUGCUAUCCAAGUCCCAUUAUUGAAGACUGGAAAUAGUUGGUGGUCAGAUAAAAAUGUGAAAUUUCAGAAUCCAACAUCAUACAAUCUCUCUUCUGCAUUUGCAGGAACAACAAGGCCUCCUUACUGGCAGAAACCAGCUUAUUUACUGGAUGAGGAGGAUGAAAGGAACAACGGUUAUCUAAACGACGACUUAAUCAUCUGGAUGCGUGUGUCAGCCUUUUCCACGUUCAGAAACCUUUACCGUCGCGUCAGCCAUACCAACCAGUUUGCUGAUGGUCUCCCAGCAGGGAAUUACACCUUCCACAUUACCUACAAUUUCCCUGUUACCAAAUUAAAAGGGAAAAAGCAGGUGGUUCUCUCAACCGUCACAUGGUGGAGAGGUAACCUCUUCCUGGGAAUUGCCUACACGGUUUCUGGCGCAGUGACAGUUCUGGCAGGUUUUAUCAUAACUGCGAUUCACUUAAAACUCCGAAAAAAGAAAACAUACUUUCAGAGAUAACCCAAAUUACAUAGCUUUCUGAACAAACAUAAAGGUGCACCUUUGAGCAAGGGAUGGGGGGAGCGUGGACCUUUCACAAUGUCCUCCUAGCGGUGGAGACAUUUCAGUCAUGGUAUGGAUUUGGUAAAUACAAAAGAGUUACGAGCAGGAUGAUGAUUUCUCAUAACCCAAAACGUACACAAUCUGAUCAGCUUGGCUUGGUUUGGUUUGUGGUCUUAUUAGCAUAUGAAUUACAUAGAAGUAAAUUUUCCCCUAAUGACUACCCAUCAAGGUCUGACUUGAGCAUCAGUAAGAGAAAUCUUAGUAAUUUUAGAACUACAAACUCCAGAAAUAGCAUUGAGCACAAAUACUGGGCCAAAUCCCAAGGUCCUUACUCAGUUUUUACUCAGACCUUACUCAGGCAGAACUCCCAUUGGCUUCACUGGGAGCUUUCCAUGAUUAACAGCUGAUGGCCUGAUCCAGCAAAGCACUUAGGCAUCGGGUAGAGUCUCCCUGAAAUCAGUGGGAUUAUUCAUGUGCUUGAAGUUGCAUGCAAGCUUAAGGGUCAAAUUUUAAAGAUAUUUAGGGUGCUUAACUCACAUUGGUUUCAGUGGGAGUUAGGUGCCUUUAAAAAUCUGGUCCUAAGAGCUUUGCUGCAUCAGUGACUGAGUAAGGACCUUGAGAUUUGGCCGCCGGGGAGCACACCCUAGGGAUGAGGGGUGGGAGAGUCAUCUCACUGAAGUGAGUGGGGUUGGUUAGAGUUCAGUCCUCAUUGCAUGCAUUUAAACCUUCUUUGCUGCUGUUUAGCUGCAGACCGUUUUCUGCAAGGCUGGAGUAAGAGGACAGCAGUGCGGUGAUUUACAUUUUAAAGGUUACUCUUGUGAUAGAAAAGCUAAAGUUUAAACUCUGAAGAUGAGAUCGGACUAAAACAAAAACAUGACCUUUUAAGUAUCGGCAUUAACUAUUUCACUGCUGAUCACUUCAGCAGAAACAUCUAGCUAACAUGCUUAGGCCACGAUCCCAAACUGUCUCCUACUCUACCUCCUGUGCCAAAAGCUCCAGCUGUCUCUCCUACACAGUCACCAAGACCUCCAACUUCUUACCACACAACUUUUGUGGCUUUGUCAAUAGAAAACUCAGAGACAACUUGAAAAUACGGGGCAGGAUAAAGUUAAUUGAAUUUAAUCUAAAAAUAAAUACAGAGACUGCUUAACUGUAUCAUUUUCAUGGUUAGUUCAUUUAUAAACCUCGGUUUUUAAAAAUGUAAAUAGAAUUUCCAGUCUGUUGCAGAAUCUAGGGAACUUUGCUGCAGAAUUUAGAUCAAGUUUGCCAUGGAGUACAUGGAUGAUUAUGGGGGUCGGGGGGUUCAUCGUGAAAGUGCAAAUGAAAUUAAAACUAAUACUCCUUUACUUAACAUGGUUUCUGUGCUCACUAUUUUAUACUGAUUUAUAAAUUCCCCAAAAUUAAAAAACCCAAAAGAACCUAACAUUCAUCUUCAGAGCCCUUUACAUAUGUUAACUCACUAAUCCUCCCAGCACCCUGUGAAAUAGUCAUUAGCCUUAUUGUACAAAUAGGGAAGUUGAGGCAAAGACAGAUUUAGGGUAUAAUUUUUGAGAGCAUUAAAGUCCCAUUUUCAAAUGGGAUUUAGGCACUUAGGAACUUACAGAUAGGUCUAUACUUAAAAAGCUGUAGCAGGGCAGCUGUACUGAUACAGAUGAGCCAUUGUAGAGCUUCAGGGAAGAUGCUACUAUGCUGACAGGAGAGCAUCUCCCCUCAGCAUAGUUAAUCCACCUCCACGAGAGGCAGUAGCUAUGUCGACAUAGCUGUCUACACCACGGGUUAGGUCAGUAUAACUGCGUCACUCGGGUGUGGAUUUUUCACUCCUGAGUGACGUAGUUAUACCAGCGUAAGUUAUUAGUGCAGACCUGGUUCUUUCCCUGCCACCCAGAAUGCAGUUUCACAGAUAGACUUUUGAGCUGAAGAAGUAGGUUGUUUGUUUGCUGCUUCAGUGAGUGAUCAGUCCACUGAAACGGCACAAUAUAGGGUUAAAUGCAAGCGUUUCUCCACAUUCAUUCAGGUGCUCGCCUUAAAUACAAUGUUGCAAAGUUAUUCAUUGUAUAUGGCCUAAAUGCUUUUUCUGCCUAGCACUAAGAUUAGUUUGCUGACCCAGUUGUUUACCUGAUCAGGUUGCUGGCUGAGGUUUUUACCUGGCUGUUCUCUUUCCUUGCCAGAGAAGCUGGCAUCUUUUCACAUGUCCCAACACUUAAAAUAUACAUUCUACAUAUUACAUCCUACAUAUCCCCUCCUUUUCUUGUUUUACAUGCAUCCGCUAUCCCAUGUUUCCAUCCUCUAUUAUGUACUUGUCCGUUACUUCCAGUUCAGGUUGUCUCCAGAAAAACACCCUCUGCUUGGUGCAUAUUAAUAUUCCUGCAAAAUCUGUGGCCUUUGUGGUACAAGAUGCGAUCUGUGUACUACCACUCUUGUCCAAUACUUCCAUACAGAAUGUCCAUUAUUACAGUAGCACUACCAACUGUCUUGCUCCUCUGUCAUGCCUGAAUAAGUCCAUGGGGAGAGUCCUUUGAUCCAGAUGACCAUCGGUUCGAUGAUUAUUCCUAGCCCUGUCCUUACAUUGUUCAGUGUUAGUUGUCACGGCAUGCCUACAUAAGUAAUAUUAGAUAUGGUUUCUGCACUCAAUUAACUUUUAUAUGGUGGGCCCCCUACCAGCCAUUGGGGAAAAACAUGACUUGGGCCAUAAAAUGUCAACCAGCAGGGCUAGGCUACUAUUGGUGGCCUCUUUACACACAACCCAAUUCUGUGCCCUAUAUAUCUCAAGAAUGCUUGCACAUCCCCUAGCAUGGCAUGAGAUAUUGUUGCCAAUUAAUGUGCCAUACAUGGGCCUGGGGAUGUUAGGCCCAGAACACACAAGGUGUUGCUGAACAUUUUGUGUCGAUAUACACACAACCACCCUAUGAAGCAAAAACACGGAGAUUAUAAUUAACCCUUGCACAUGAUUGUAACUGGCUGUAGGAUCAGGUGUUGUAUUCUAGUUUCCAUGUUAGAAUGUAUUAAGUCAUCCCACCAGUUAUUGCCUCCUGCUGUUGUAAUGUCUUUUCCCAGUUUUGUGAGUGUGUUCACAUCCUCACCCAUACUUGACCUGAGGAUAUGUGACGUCUUGCUUGUUUCUUAAGAAGUGCCCCAUACAACCUCUGCUGACUUCAGCAAGGCUCUCCAAUGCAUUGAUAGCGGAAUCUCUAAUUUUAUAUUAUGAAACAAAUCUCCCCCAACCAGGUUAUAUUUUGAGUGAUAAUGUGGGGCACAAUUUGCCAGUUUUCAUUUCCCAAUUUUAUACUGUUUAAUGACACGUUGCUGCAUCGAGUGCCUAUUGAGACCUUUACACAAUUUCUGUGCCCUUCCAAGGUGACACUUGACACAUUAUUAGUAUUGACAGGUUUCAGAGUAGCAGCCGUGUUAGUCUGUAUCCGCAAAAAGAAAAGGAGUACUUGUGGCACCUUGGAGACUAACAAAUUUAUUAGAGACAGACCUUUCCAUUCCCUAAGUAUGUAAUAUGGUUUGGGGCCCAAUAGAUGGCAGUGCUCACUUGUGUUCCCACACCCACCUUUUACCAAUUGCAGUUAUCCUGGCCGAUAAACCCACCCCUCCUGAAUAUCCUCUACACAUACAGAGAAAUCUGCGUUACCAAGCCUUCCUGCCUUGUCCUUUACUGCCCAUUUAUUACCUUUCAUAGGGUACGUGAAUGACUUAUUAUAUAAAAUGCCAUUAUUAAUGAUUGGAUAGGUAUUUAUGAGAGUUCCAUUGAAGGGACUGAAGGCCAGCACAGUACAUUGGGUCCAUUCACAAUUUAAAAGCGUAACCUUCCACCACCUGGGAUCUAUUCAGGAACUAACGUACACUUUUACAGAAUAGAAAGAAUUCCAUUCUACUGGCCAGCGUCCAUGGAAUAAGCUCCUAAUUAUACCUUGAACAUCGCUUAACAAAUGUAAUUCAACCAUAGCAUAUUGUCUGGCCCAUGUCUCAUUUAGCUCAGCCUUUUCCCCAAUUAGGAUUGCAGGUAAGAUUAAGAAGAGCAAUUUUUAAAUGUUCCGUGAGGACUGUGCUGGUUUUUAGGAAUUGCACCUGCCUUUGGUCCACCUUCCGUAGAUUGUCCCCUAUAUUCGUGGAAUAACCUAAUUUCCUUUGCAGAUUUUCUAUAUUGCCUGCAGUUAGUAUUCCAACUCCCAUACCUAUUCUGCCUAUCCAGUCGCUCCACACAGACCUUUUAUUUCUUCAAAAUACCGUCCUCAUCCAUAAUUUGUCCAUUCUUGGAAUUGUUUGUAGUGCAUUUGAGCAGUUUGGGUAGGUUUAAGUAAUACUUUUAUUGCUAGGGCUUCAGGUAAUCUGUACAACAGCCAAGGAUGCAUUUGCAGUUCUUUGUUUGUGGCCUUUCCUAAUUUAUCUCCCAACAACCACCCUUCCUAUGUAUGGAUCUGGCUUCCUUGCCCAGCACCCAUGGGGUAUUACGAUUGUCUGUACAGAUAUUAUAUCCUUUGCUGCGCAAUGUCACCUUACAUUCAUGGAGGCCUGUAGUCAACUUGUUUACUGAGAAAACUGAACAUGUUUUGAAUCGUUUCCUUAAAGAUGCUGGCACCACCCAAUAAAUGGCAUAAUGCUCCAAAAGAAUUCCCCCCUUAAUUCUUGCUUGCAAAGGAAAGUGCUGCACAACCAUUGCCAGGACUGCUUAAAACCCGAUCUUGUAAUGUUAAACAACAGCCAGCACUAGGAAGCAUAUGGAUCUAUAUAUUUGUCUUACACACAGAAAAAGGAAAGACACCUGCCAAAAGCUAAAUGCAAGCUUCUAAAUUUGUCUUGCCAGAGUUGAUGAUGACAUAGAUGCUUAAAGAAGUGCAGGGCAUCUGGUUUUCUUGUCAUCAACUUUUUACAGAGCAGGUAAAUAAUGGAGAAAAUUAUUGUAAAUGAAAUCUCAUUUCAUCUGAACAUUUUGGGGAUAAUAAAAUAGGAGGGAUGAGUAAUUGAGGCAGUUAUUGGUCAACGAUUCACAUCAAGUGACAUAAUCUAGGUUCCUAUAAGAGGGAAUUUUGGACUAAUGAGGUUGAACUAAAUAGAGUUUUUCUGUAUUUUGUUUAUGUAUCUGUGUAUAUGAUUUAAUAAAUUUACUUGUAAUUUUGAAGUCCAUUACUAAUUUGGAUUCUGACAUGUUUACCUUUUAAAGCAAUGUAGUUCACCUUUAACACUACAUCCAGAAAAAAAAAUCCUACUAUUACAAAAAUCUUAUUUUGAAUUGAAAUCUAGCAUCUAAAUUAGAGUGCAGCAUACAAGGGAUUUAUA